AUGCCUUCAGAAAUGGCGACUCCAAGCAUCCAAGCGCCUUUCGGCCAGAUCCUCGGCACAGAUAUUGCAACUAUCACUGUUGGCUCCGGUCCUACAGCGAGGACCUUCAAAGUCCACACCGAUCUCAUCUGCAGCAAAGUCCCUUUCUUCAAAGCCAUGUUCAAGGGUAAUUUCAAAGAAGCAGCCACGCAGACAGCGACACUCCCAGAAGACGACCCGCUAGCCUUUGAAUUAUUUCUCGGCUGGGUUUACCGGGAUACGGUCAAUAAAUUAUCGCACAUGACACCCUAUCUAAAGCUUUUUGGAUUCGCAGAGAAGUACACCGUGGUUACUCUGAUGGACAACACAAUGGAUGCCCUCGUCGCUGCCUUUAAAGAAAAGAAUUACUUGUUCCACCAAGUUUACAUGGAAGAGAUCUACCAGAUCACGCAUGAGAGCUCUAAGAUGCGAGUGUUUGCAUCCAGAUGCUUCGCAUUUGCCUUGAUGACCUGUCCGGAUACGGGAAUCUGGUCGACAACAACCUUAAUGUCAAUGACAUCAACCCACCGAGAUGAGAUCUUGGUUGACAGUCUAAGGCUUAUCCGGGCCCUGAAGCCAGAAAAUAAAAUCAGCUUGUUCCCUGAUCCUAGAUCGGCUCCUUUGUGCGACUAUCAUCAGCACGGCAAGGACGAAGUGUGCCCUUACAUCAAGGUCUAA